CUGCAAUAGUCUGCAGACAGCGUACAAGAUUGUGUCGUCACAAUGGACAACACAAUUCCAAGCUGGCUGAAUGAAAGUUUCCUGGUCUCAGCUCUCCAAGGUGACUCUCAUGAACACUGUGUAACUGUGACAGACUUCUCAGCCAGUCCUGCAGUAGCUGCUGGUAAUAACUAUACCAGUCAUCUGUACAGGGUAGUUGUAGAGUACAAGGUUGGGCAUGCAGACAAGACAGAGAAAAAAUCACUAAUUGUGAAGAUGCCAAUUCAGAAAGGUGUAAUGCACGAAAUGUCACAGGAGACUGAUUUCUUUUCGAAAGAACCCAAAAUGUACAAUGUUCUUUUACCUAAAAUGAAGAAAAUCAGCGGAAUAAAAUUUGGGCCUAAGUCUUUCCACUGCCCUGUUGAAAAAGGAAUGGUCAUUGAGGAUUUGAAACCAGAAGGCUAUCUAUUGCAAGAUAAAUUUAAACAGCUGGAUUUUGAGCACUGCAAGCUCGUAAUGGAGAAACUAGGAAAAUUCCACGCCACCACUGUAGUUUGCCACAAUGAUGAUUCACAAUUCAUUGAAACCAUUGGAAAAGAAGCGUUUUACAAAAAUGACGGAGUUAUGGCGGAGUUUAAGAUUUGGAUGUCUUCUUCGAUGCAGAUCUUUAUAAAUACUUUGCAAGAAAUAAAAGUGGAUCCUGCCCAUAUUGAUCUGAUAACAGCAAAAAUCGAUCAGCUCUGGGAUUCUACUGCUGCUAUUUGCCAACCUCAUACUAACUCCCUCAAUGUCCUCAACCAUGGAGACUGUUGGUCCAACAACAUGUUGUUCAAAUACAACGAUGUUGGUAAAGUCAUUGACGUGAUGUUCAUCGACUUUCAGUUAUUGAGGUAUUCGUCCCCUAUCACUGACAUUCUUUACUUUGUAUAUACUAGUGCUAAUGAAGAAGUACGUGAAAACAAACUACAAGAUCUUUACGAUAUAUAUCUUCAAACUCUAAACGAAAUGUUGGAAAAUCUUGGAUGUAAGGAUAGGAUGACAAGAGAAGAGUUCAGUGAGAAGCUUAGAUCAGCUUCUGACUUUGUUCUUGUAGUUAUAGGGACCAUCCUCCCGUUUACCAAAUGUGAAGCGGAAAAUGCACUAGAUAUGGAAAGUUUUGACAAAGACGACGUCAUGCAUAGUAAUGAAGAUGAACGGAUUCUCAGAAUAUACAGAUCUGAACAGUUUAGAGCUAUGUUACCUGCAUUAGUGAGGCAAUAUAGUUCUUUUGUGUCUUCCUAGGGGUAAGCUCAUUGAAUUUUUGGCUGUGACCAUUUAUUACCUAUUCAUUAAUGAAAUAAUGAAUAGGGAAUGGUCAUCUGUUUGUUCCAGCUGUUAAAGUAUGGGCUCUGACACUUCCCAGAUAUGUAAAUCUGUCCACCUCUUCGAUUUCUUCAUCUGACAUUCUGAAUCUGUUGUUAUUCGCUACAUUUAUCCUCAUUGAUUUUGUUUUCUUUACAUUUAUUUUUAAGCCUGUAGAUUGUUCACUUUCCAAAUACUGCAACUUUGCUGUCAUGUCGUCAAAUCUAUGGGACAGGAAACAAAUAUCAUCAGCAAAGGCCAGUUCUUCAAGCCUCUGUUGUAGUCCCCAGGAUAUGCCUCUAGCUCCUUUCUCUGAUAUUAUUUGCAAAACCUGGUUUAGAACUAUCACAAAAAGUGUUGGGGACAGAACACAGCCUUGCCUAACUCCUAGCUUUACCUCCAAAGGAUCACUUAGUUUACCAUUAUGAAUUACUCUACAAUGGUAAUUUGUGAACAUCUCCUUUAUAAGAACUAUUAUUUUAUUAGGGAUCCCAAAUUGCCCAAGUGCUUUCCAAAUACUCUCUCUUUUUGGAACUCAUUACUUUGCUCGAUUAUUAUCCUCAUCGUAUUUAUUUGGUCUGUGAAUGAGCGGUUCCUUCUGAACCCAGCUUGUUCCCUUCUCAACUUCCUAUCAACAACCUCUUUGAUUCUGUUCAAAAUAAUUCUUGCGAAUAUUUUUCCAGGAAUUGAAAGCAGAGUAAUACCUCUCCAGUUCUCACAUUUGGUUGUGUCUCCCUUCUUCGGCAGUUUACAUAAUAAUCCUGUUUUCCAGUCUUUUGGCAUUGUCUCUUCGUUCCAAAUUUUAUGAAAUAAAGGCUUUAAAAUUUUUGCUGCCACCUCUGGAUUAGCUUUCAUAACCUCCGGAGUAAUGUUAUCACUUCCAGGGGCUUUCCAAUUCUUUGUUUCCUUCAGUGAGUUCUUUAACUUUCUAACAAAUAGGCUACCAGCUAGCCGUCAUGUAUUAGAUUGCAGGUUUACCAUUGGCUCUGCACUCACAGUUUACACAGUAGCUAAUGAUUCUGUAUAGUCACUUUGUAAUAUGGUAAUUUUCUACUAGAGAAAGAUUCGAUGGUGAAGGUAGCACAACAUCCUACUGCACUCAAAGAACGCUCUUUACAAUAAGACAAACCGAACAUGGUGUUUUUGUAAUGUGUUUUAUUAUACGAGGGUGGUUUUUAAGUAAGGACCGGUUUGCGUACAAAUCCGUAGUUCACUUGUUUGCCGCAAUAAGGCUCAUCACCAUUUACUGGCAUCAUUUGUAAACAAAUUUCAGCUCUGUAGCUGUCAUGUACGCUUCGCUGUGUGUUAAAAAUAUUUAAACAAUCAAAUCUCCCGCCGCGUUCGAGGUAAAGGUCAAGUGAUACGUUUUUACGAUAUAAUAAGCGUACUCCAAGCUCCAAGAUAUGUUGUUAUGUUUACAGUUAUGAAAUUUGUGGCCUGAUUAACAAUAAUGUGAGUUUGCUUUUCAAACAAGAGGUAAUACAAGUUUACUAUUAUUUUAUAUAUACUUACAGGGAUUUUAGUCGCGUGUAAAUAGGCCUGACAAAAAUGUAAGAGUUAUGGUAAAGCUUUAUGUGAAAUAUAUGUAAACUAAACUGUU